CUGGGAUUUUUUAAGCUGAGUUUUCUCAUGACCUAACUUAUAUAUUUGACAGCUUCGACGCUUCGAGAAACGGAUUUAUAUUUUUCACCGCCACAAGUUCAUGUGACCAUUAUUUUCCAAGUAAUAUCGACGUUAAUAUAGAGCACAGAAUAGAACGUCACAAAUGACGUUCUUCCUUUUAGUUCAAAUCAGAACUUUCUUGAUAAACAAGCGUCAGUAAACUGACGCCUUUGAAAAUCAGUUUAACUAGGCGGGUUCGACCGAUACUUUAUUAUAAUAUUAAAUAUGAUGGUUCAACAUGAAUUGGCGAUCGCUGGCUUGGUUUUGGUCGUAAUAUUGGACAGCUCAUAUGCCUAUUUCAAUGGGAGUCAAGUUAUAACAACGUCUUCUGCGACAAAUCGAGACACGUUAGUUGUUCACUACAACAUGUGUUUGAAUUCGGAACCUUUUCGUGUACUUUCAUCUGUUCAGGCUGGAGACAAAAACUCAUCGUUAAAACUCAACGCUACUGUAACUGAGGCACUGCCAAGUGCUUUUCGUGUUGUAUUGGAAAGAACCGAUGGAAUGCCUGGAUGGGAUUUGAACUCUGUAACCAUUAUAUGGACCCUCUAUAUGAAAUCAGACAUACAAAAUUGCCAAGAUCUAUACGAAGUCGGCGAGAGGAAAAGUGGAAUUUAUAAAGUUUAUUUGGAAGGAAGCGAAGCAGAAGUUAAAGUAUUUUGCGACAUGGAAACGGAUGGGGGUGGUUGGACGGUUUUUCAGCGUAGAACUGACGGUUCUUUGUCUUUUGACCGAAAUUGGUCUCAGUAUACAGCAGGAUUUGGUAACCUAAACGCAGAAUUUUGGUUGGGGCUUGACUUCCUUGAGUUUUCAACAGAAAAGGGGAAUUUUGAGCUGCGUAUUGAUAUGACGGGUUGCCUAAAUAAGAAGAAAUACGCUCAAUACACAUCGUUCAAAAUUGGUGGUACAAACUAUUUCUUUCCGGAUUUACCGGCUCUGUUGCGUUCGACGCGCUCGGUUUUCACAAUGAAUAUACUUUCUCUACAUUCGACCAUAAAAGCAGUGCAGAUACUCGCAACUGCACCGAGACAUACCAGGCAGGCUGGUGGUUCAAAGAUUGUUCUCAUGCGAACCUGA